UCAGGAGUAGGGCGCGCAGUGGAGCGGUGAGGCCGCAGAACAUGUGGAUAGUCAUGAGUGUGUUAGUAGCAGCGGCCCUGGGAGUCAAUGCCAGGACCCCGCUCAUAGUAUUCGAGGAGCAUUCCUUCCACCCGUCCUUCCAGGACAUGGACUCCAUCCUGGCCAUCCACUUCCAGGAGUACCACCAGCAGCAGCACUACGUCAAGCCCGUCAAGCAUCUCAGGACUCUCUAUCAAGUCGGGGAUUCUGAGAAAGAGCUGCCGGAGUGUGAGCCUUGGUCUGUGUGUAGCAAGGUGGACCUGUACGACACGCCAUGGUUGGAGAGACAGUGCAGGUGUCCCAACCAGAGGAAGUGCCCAGGGCUAAUAACAGCCAACGAUGGCCAUACCAUCACCGACAAGACACGACAAUUUAAGUUGUGCGAACCUGUGAAGAAGCUGCCGAGGUGCAGGUACUUCCGCGACAUCACCUGGACCCUGACAGUGACGGGGGAGAACCUCACUUCCCAAGUAGUCCAUUGCCACUGCCCCAAAGGGUCCGUGGCCUACCUCAUCAGGAGGCAGCCUUUCCAAGCGAGGCAUGGCUCUACCAUUGGCUAUAGGUACUCCUUCGCCUGUUCGCCACAGUCGAGAUUGAGGUGUCAGAGGAAAGAGCCGUGUCGAUUGUUCACAGUCAGAAAAAGAUUGGAACUCCUGGACGAAGUGAACACGAGUACACUUUGCCAGUGUCCACAUGGCCACCAUUGUCCGAAGCAUCACACACAUCCUGGAGUGCUUCAGGGUAAAAGUUAUAUAGAAGAAAACAUUCGGACUUAUUCUGGAUACUGUGUAGGAUAAGUGCUUUCAAGACACUUUUAGUGCGUGUAGAAAAAUAUUUAAAAAGAGAAAAAAAGUGAAAAACUAAUUAAAAUAUAUUAUCGUGACAAGUGAUAAAACAUAUUAAUUUAUUAUCUUGAUAAACGAAUUGUAUAUAUUUUAUUAUACUUGUAUACAGAAUAUUUAUUUUUUAAUUUUAAUGUAUAUUACAACUAAAUAAUGGAAAUGAUGGUUUGGUAGAAAAUAGUACAAAAUGAAAAUGGACUAAUAACGGUAAACUUACAAUUAAGAUUGUAGUGAAUUUUUUAAAAAUAAUUUCUUUUCAAAUAUUGAAAUUUACAAAAGAAAUAAUUUUAAAUAUACUCAGUUUCAAAAAGAAGUAAUUUUUAAAAAAUGAGCUUUUAAAUUUAAAGAUAUUAAAUGUUGUUUAAUUUAAAACGCUGAGACAC